UAGUGGGAUUUGUUAACCACUGAGCCACGACGGGAACACCCCUCUGGUCAUUCUUAAUAUAAGCAUGUCAUCAAACAUUUUAAUAGUGGUUAAAAUAUUGUGAACCACAACACUAAGUUUUUGAAGGACAUCUGAGGGAAGAGAUGGGCUUCUGGCAAGAAGAGAUUAAAGAAACCAGCAACGGGCCCUUUGAAGAGUGGAUUAAAGGAGUGAGAAAUAGCCUAGAAAGAAAUGAUGAGACAAAUGUCACCAUUUCAUCUGAUGUACUUGGAUAUUUGGAUGAUUCUUCAAUCCCAAAAGCCAUGAAGCUAUUGUCACAAGGUACACCGGCUGGGACCAGGCCUACAGGUGGCAGGCAGCAGUACCCACAGCAAGGCCCAGGGAGACAGGCUCAGUGGCCAGGGUUGGGAUGUCUCUGGCUUAGCCCCAUCUGCUCUGAAUGCUCUCAUCCUAGUAGGCUGACAUCCUUCAACCAAAAAUCAGUGUGCGUGUGUCUGUGUGUAUGUGUGGAUUCUGAUUUGGGAGGCCACCUGGAGUCAAAAGACUUUCUGGUGAUUGACAGGGCACCACUGGUAAAGAACCUCUGCUCUUCCAGGCACCCCCUGGAGGAUGAAUGGAAUAUAAACAAACAGAGCAAGGACAUGACACAACCAACCCUUGACAAAUGUCCCAGGGCCAGAGAGUUUGAGAGAAGAGGGAGAAGGUGGCUCUGUCCCCAGUAUGGGGAGAGGUACAGCAGCAUUCCUGUGGCAGACCAGGGAAGAAAGAGAUGUUUCGCAGGGACUUACACAGGAGGGCAGUGGCAAGAAGGUGACGGCCCCCAAACACCUCUAUGA